AUGCACGGAAUUCUAAGCGUGGCCGCGCUGCAUCUUGCCUACAGGCACCCUGCUGACAAGCCGCGGCUUGUCUGUAUCGCCGCCUAUCAUCACAACAUCGCACUACGUGGAUUUCAGAACGGCAUCAGCCUAGUAAACGAUGGAAAUAGUGAUGCGUUAUACGCAUUUUCUUGCAUAAACAUUGUCUAUGCGCUGGCCGUUUUUGGACCUCUCUGCGAUGGCACUUCUGUCGACAGCAAGUCACGCAUUCUCGGAGACGCGUGGAUCCCAGCGAUACGCGGCGUCGACGCAGUGCUACAUCCUGUAUAUGAUAGGAUAUGUCGAGGGCCACUGGACAACUUGACGAAAAUUGGCAACUGGGAUAAACUUGACCCAGACCAGCAACCAGUUGUUCACGACGACCACUUCCGCAGUAUACAACAAGUUUGGGAGAGCAACAAUGACGCAGGCAUCUACGACGAGGCGCUCUAUCUACUCCGGAAAUGCAACGCGUACAUGAAGCAGUUUGAGACUAUGAGCAGUGAGGCUAGAGCUGAGUGGGGAUAUAAUCAGGACUGGUCAGCACCAUACAUAUGGCUACACGCGACUUCCAAGGAGUAUCUUGAUUUACUACAACAGCGAAAGCCACCAGCUUUGCUUAUUUUUGCAUAUUUCGGUGCUUUGGUCCAUGCCCUGGACGGAUCCUGGUUUAUGGAAGGUUGGGGUCGAAGUAUAAUAGUUGUUGUUAAUGAAUUACUAGAGGGGUAUUAUAACCGAUGGAUAAAGUGGCCUAAAGAAAUUAUAUAUAUAAAGUAA